AUGCAUACCGAUGAUUUUAACAACGUUCGAAUUCGUUUGACUCCAGUUGAUCGAGUUCUUCUCACUCGAGCUAAUGGACAAUGGAAAGCCAGCCCUCGAGCUGCAAAAACGCCUUUACCUAGAAGCGGAGGAAGUGAACGUCUUCGUCGUCAAACAAAAUCCAAACCAGAAACUCCAACAAAAACUCCCGUAGAAGUAGAAGCCAGAACAACCUCAUACGAUCUUCGGCAACGAACUCCAGCAAGUCGGCCAACUACUCCAAUUUCGAAUUUGAGCAAACACAUUAAGACACCAGUCACAACAAACAUUACUCCAAAAUCCAUAACACGGAAGAAAGAAGCCACUCCAAAACCAUAUGGUGCUAAAAAGAAGAUAUCAUCAAUGAAAAAUUUGUUAAAUUUCGAUAAUCAAAGUGACAAAGAGAAUGAAUCGGAAAAGGACGAUGAUGAAGAAUACCAAGAUACGAGUGAAAGUAGCGAAAGUGAAAGUGAAGUUGAAAUAAUUUUUUCAUCCGAAGAUGAAAAAUCAAAAAAUAGUGAAGAUGAUUUUAUAAUACCAACAACAAAAAAACUCCCAUGUACAGCUCAAACGUCAACAACAGCGAAUAAAAAACGGCGACAAUCGUCGACAACUACAACAACGCCAAGAACAAAAUCACAAAAACAUCUAAGAAAAAACUCAACAAGAAAAGCACUUUUAGAAGGCAUGAAUACGUUAACAUUGGCUGAUCUUCAAAAGCUGACAUCAAUCAAUGAUGAUGACGAUAUGGAUAAUAUUGUGAUAAAUUCAUCAAAAUCAAAUAAAUUUGAACAAGCGAGAAACUGUUUACUUCCAUCUCGCCUUCCACCAUCGCCACCAUGUCGAGAAAAAGAGUCAUGUGAAAUAUUGAGUUUUAUAACAACAAAAUUGGAUGCAAAAGCAGGAGGUUGUUUGUAUGUGUGUGGUGUACCUGGAGUGGGCAAAACAGCAAUUGUUUGUAAAUGUGUUCGUGAUUUAAUGCUAAUGACAUAUGACACAGAUUUACCAGAGUUUAAAUUUAUUUUCUUAAAUGGAAUGAAAUUAAAUAAACCACAAAAAGUGUAUACACAAUUAUAUCAAUCAUUAUAUGGAGGUAUUAAAAGAAGUCCUCGUCUGGCAUGUAAAUUAUUGCACAAAUAUUUUUCUGACAAAGUAACAAAACUGCCCAUUGUUCUAUUACUCGAUGAAGUUGAUUAUUUUUAUACGAGAAAUCAAGAUAUAUUGUACAAUUUUUUCGACUGGCCUAAUUUGCCCUAUUCAAAAUUAAUUGUUAUUGCUAUUGCGAAUACAAUGGAUUUACCAGAGACAAUGAUGAAGAAAAAAGUACAAUCGAGAUUAGGUUUAAAUCGUAUUAAUUUUCCACCCUAUACAUUUAAACAAUUAGUAGAAAUUGUUCAUGUUCGUUUGAAUGGUUUGGAUAUAUUUGAUCGUGAUUCAUUGGAUUUAAUCUGUCGAAAAGUGGCUGCUAUUUCUGGUGAUGUUCGACGUUUAUUACAAAUAUGUACGAGAACAGUUGAAAUAGCUGAACAAGCAUAUUUAUCGAAACAAACUCAAGAUAAAGAGUUAAUUACUAUUGAACACGUACAAAAAACAUUUCACAUUUUAUAUACGUCACCGAAAAGUGUUUUCAUCAAAAAUUUGACACUAGUUCAACGUCAAGUUAUGGAAGCUAUUCACGAUGAACUAUUUUAUAGUGGAAAAGAAGUUACAACUCUUUCGGCUAUACACGAUCGUUUAGGUAUGCAACUUUGGUUACUCGAACUUGUGGAAAUAUAG